CUGGUUUUGAGCUGUGCUAAGGUAUGUCAUAACUGUUGGGUCCUACAAUUUGAAGAGAAGGUUUGCUGCCACCAUGAAGACAUGGCUGAUAUUCAUAUAUCUGAUCCCUACUGUGAUAAGUAUAUCACUGGUGCAGGACAAGGUGGAGGAGAGGAGAGAAGAAUCACAGCCCUCUUUGAAAAACUAUACGCACGUUCAAGCAGAGGCAGAAGGACAUGGACUUCAGCGGAGUAGCAACAGUGAUGCUGAGGAUCUAGGAUUCUGGAAUUUCUUGAGGAAGAGAGUUCCCUUCCAGGAGAGACCAGAUAAGAAGGAAAAUAAUUCAAAAGAGAAGAUGACAAAUCCAGAAGAAGAACAAAUAGAAGCAACUAUAGAGGAGGAAACUGCUGACUUGAAAGCUGAAUCUAACACAACAAGAAUGGAAGAAGAAAGUGAAAACGUCACUAAUACAUGUCAACAGGCAAGACUUCCUGAAAACCUCUUGCUGGAAUGUCUGAAUGCCACCGAGCCAUGCCCUGGUAGUACAGCUACAGCAAAGCCUACUAUAGUUCCUACAACAAUAGAGACAUCUGACAGUAAUAUGCCCCAACGAUGCCAACCACUCAGUAAUCCAUGGGCCUCAUGUAAUGAAUCCACAGUGGAGGAUAAAGUAAAGUUGGCUGAAGCUCUAACUGAAUUUGCAAUCAAUUUCUAUAUGGCAGCAAUCCAGUAUGAGAAAAGUAACUCUAAUCUGGUCUUCUCACCCUUCAGCAUCUCCAUGAUGUUUUCCAACCUCUUACUAGGAGCCCGUGGACAAACCAAAGAAGAUCUUGAGAAGCUGCUCUCCUACCCUGAAGAAUUCACGUGUAUUCAUGAUGCAAUGGGUAAAUUCCACAAAUCAGAAGCCAUGACAGCAGCAUCUGCAAUUUUUGUCCAACCUGCCCUCUCCUGGAACAAUGAUUUCUACCAGCUGUCACAAAAAUUCUAUCGCAGCAUGCUACGGAAUCUCACUAAUGACCCUGCCAACGAUGUAAAUGAAAUCAAUAAUUGGGUGGGAAGAAAUACCGACCACAAAAUCAAAAAGCUCUUGGAUGACUUGGAUUCAGAAGUCAAGAUGGUGCUUGUCAAUGGUGUCCAUUUCCAUUCCAAGUGGAAGACCACCUUUAAGCGCAAAAACACAAUAGAGGAAAAUUUCUACCAUCCAGGCCUCCCUCCUUUCAAAGUGUUCAUGAUGACCAGUAAGAAAUAUCCAUUAGCCUCCUUCACUGACCACAUCUUGCAGGCUAAGGUUGGGCGUCUGCAGCUGUCCCACAACAUGAGUCUGGUUAUUAUGAUUCCUCGAUCCCUGUCUCAGAAUCUCUCUGAUGUGGAGAAGCGUCUCAGUGGGGAUGUCUUCAAGUCAAUGAUGGCCAAGCUGGAGAGCAUUCCUUUCAAACCCACCGUAGUGUCUGUUCCCAAGUUCAAAGUGGAUUCCUCUCUGGAUCUCAUGUCCAUAGUAGCAGAGAUGGCAUACGGCAUUUUCUUUGAUGUCAACCUGUGUGGGAUUUCUGAGAAUGAAGAGCUGGCAGUGUCCAGUGCCCGGCACAGAGCUGUGAUGGAAAUCAGUGAAGAAGGAGUGGAGGCAGCUGCUGCCACUGCUGUUUCCCUGGCACGCACAGCCAAUUUCUUUGACGUGCAGCAGCCCUUCAUCUUUGUGGUAGUGAAUGAGAAAAGGUUCCCCAUCUUCAUGGGGCGCAUCCACAAUCCACAGGCAUGAUAACUUCCUUCUUCUUGCUCCUAUCAUCUUCUGUCUUUAGGAUGACACUUUUUCCAUCUUGCAGUAUUUACAUGUAGGCUCAUCUUAUCUACAUGUGAUAUAUUUACAUGUGAUGCUUUGUUUGGGUGUGGUGCAUGCACUUAGUUCUUCAAAUCCAUCUUUGUUUUUAUCCAAUUACUUUUUUAAAAAUUCUUUCAUUUCUACCUUUCAUGAAGGGAGGGUUCCCCUCAAUGGGUUUUCCUCCCACUUUAAUUUUUCUCCAAUUUAUUUGCUCUUCCUUAACCCAGAAAAAAUUCAUCUGUGCUCAUUUAUGUGAUAGACUGAAAAGGAGGUUUCAUCUAUGUCAGGGAAUUUUUAGGCCCCAUUUCAUAGAAUCUAGUUCUGGGCAUACUUUCUAGCUACUGACAUACAGAAAUCUGUGGACAAGUGAUAAAGCCUUGCUCUGAAUGUCAAAUUCCUUCUUCUGAGAUAUCCUGCUUGUUACAUGUGUCUCCUCUGGUGGAGACUGGUCACUGGAGCAAUGUGUAAACAUUUUGUUGUUUUGGUUAUUCUAAUUAAAUAAAGUGGGAUUUGGCCUUGGAUGAAUUCCUUCCCAGGGAAAAUGUCAGAUACAUGGAUCCAGCUUUUCAAUUGUUUGUAUAAUUCAUUUAUCAUUCAAACUUGUCAGAUGUCAUGUUCUCUGGAAAAAUGCGUCAUUUUGACAGGGUUUCAUCCUAACCUCUGAUCUUUUAUUCUGUAAACAAAUAGCAAUUAUUCUGUAAACAAUCAGUACUGAAGGGUAUAUAAGGCUCUCCAAUGCUACUGGUCCUUACACGUCUCCCCCUAAUGGAGGCAGUAUCUGGGGUUAUUCCAUGUAAGAAAUAAACCCAUUUUCCUCUGUA